CAGCAGCCCCAGGCUGGCUCUGGGGAGGGUGGGGCUGGUUGCCAAGGCCUCAGGUAGUGUGGAUACGGAAGCAGGAAGUCGUCUGUGCUUCCAGGAGCUAGAACCUGCCUGGCUGGGGGUGCUACGAGGUGGCACCCAGGACCCAGCUGAGAUGGACGACCUGAAGGAACUGGGGAGCACGGCCCAGGAAGUGCUGGGGAAACUGAAGUCCCGACACCUAUUCCAGUCCUCGUGGGACACUGCUGCCCUCAUCAUCUUCCUCAUCUUCGUGGGCACCGUGCUGCUCCUGCUGCUGUUGGCCUGCAUGCACUGCUGCUACUGUCGCUGCUGCUGCUGCUGCUGCCACCAGAGCUCCAGUUCCCGGAAAGUGAGAGCCAAGCAGGAAAGCUCCAUGGGUGUGGAUAACCUGGCCCUGGAUCCUUAACACGGAGUCCCCUGCCCCUGUCUAUGUGUCCUGCUGGGAAACAGAAACACGGCCUUGUUUGCCCAGAGCCUGAGUCUGAAGUGUGUUCUGACCUCCACUCAAGGGGUGGGCAGUGCGGGCACUCACCGCUCCAUCUCAAUGCCCACCUGGUCCCUCACAGCCUUCGGUGGCCUGGCUGUCACCAGGAGACCUUAAGUAACUGCCCCCCCCAUGGGAGGGGAAGCUGGGCUCAAACUUGGGGCCCAACCCCACAGGCAAAGCCCCUGUCA